UGCUGCCAGGAAGCCAAUCAGUUUACGCUUCGCGCUUCAAUUCACCUGAGUAACAGUGUUCUGUGGCCAUUUUGUGGAAGCCUGAAGUGACCAACAUGGGGAAACUGACAUCCGCCGCCUUACUGCUAGCCCUGCUAGUAUGCGUAGGUGUCACCAAAGUUGCUGCACAGAAACAACGUGUAUGCUUAGCUCGGAUAGCCGACUAUGGUACCGCCACGGCGUUUGGUUUUUGUAAUCAAGCCGUCUAUCUGGCGCUACGUCUUAACACCAAUGCAGCGAUAACCUAUGUCAACACAGCCAUGACAAGUGCCGCGGUCGAAGCGGGCAUCAGGACAUAUGCCGGUUACAAAACGACCUACCCCCAGGUCGAUUUCUAUUUGGGAGUUGAUUCACUACCAGGAUCGUACGAAACCUGGAUAACGAAUGCAAGGGCAACUGCUAUUUCAGCAAUCACGGCACAGUUACGAACAUAUCCGACAGUUGCGGGUGUCUAUAUCGACAUCGUAAAUGUGCCGGCAAAUCGAGGUAGCUUUUACCGUAGCUUUAUAACAGAAUUGCAAACAGCGGUCAAUGGUGCCGGCUUCAAGUUUGCUAUAGCGUUGCCUUGGGACUCGACCACAUAUAAUCAAAUCUACUUACCCACAAGCCCUACACCUGUGCCUAUACCGGAUUUCUAUUUGGUGAAAACGUAUGAGGAUAUGUAUAGUGAUCAAACUACUAAGACACAUCCUAUCAGUCCCUUGUUCGCAAUGGCGGCUCCGUUCAACGUCGAAACCAAAACGAUAUACAACAAUGUGUUCCGGUGGGUGCUGUCAGGUAUUCCAACGUUAAAGCUUGCACUAGGAUUGCCUAUGUAUGGGUUGCGGUUCACCGCAGCAAGCGCUACUGCACUCGGCGCGACUUCCACAGUUGUCAAUCCUGAUACCUACUGUAAUGCGCUGAUUUUCGGUGUUACUAAUACGGCUGGCGCUGCCCAAGCGGGAGAGGGCUUUGCAUAUAGUUCGUCGGCAAUGAUGGUGUAUAACACGUUCGAUUCGGUCAUCGACAAGCUUAACUUUGCCAGUGCCACCAACUUGUUCGGUGUGGGCUUGUAUUCGAUGGAUCAGGCAGGAAGUACUAAUGCUGAGCUGCUGCGUUAUGUUACAAGUGUGCUUGCUCCUGUGCCACCAGCUGGAGUGGUAUAUCCAGCGGCGGAACCAGCUACAUGCCAAGUUCCAAUAACAUUCCCAGUACCUCCAACAACGACUACGACACCUACGACUACUACACCUACGACUACCACACCUACGACUACCACACCUACAACUACCACACCUACGACUACCACACCUACGACUACGACACCUACGACUACCACACCUACGACUACGACACCUACGACUACGACACCUACGACUACCACACCUACAACUACGACACCUACGACUACCACACCUACGACUACCACACCUACGACUACGACACCUACGACUACCACACCUACAACUACCACACCUACGACUACGACACCUACGACUACGACACCUACGACUACCACACCUACGACUACCACACCUACGACUACCACACCUACGACUACGACACCUACAACUACCACACCUACGACUACGACACCUACGACUACGACACCUAUGACUACCACACCUACGACUACCACACCUACGACUACCACACCUACAACUACUACACCUACAACUACUACACCUACGACUACCACACCUACGACUACGACACCUACGACUACCACACCUACGACUACCACACCUACGACUACCACUCCUACGACUACCACACCUACGACUACCACACCUACAACUACUACACCUACGACUACCACACCUACAACUACUACACCUACGACUACCACACCUACGACUACCACACCUACGACUACCACACCUACGACUACCACACCUACGACUACCACACCUACGACUACCACACCUACAACUACUACACCUACGACUACCACACCUACGACUACCACACCUACGACUACAACUCCUACGACUACCACACCUACGACUACGACACCUACGACUACCACACCUACGACUACCACACCUACGACUACAACUCCUACGACUACCACACCUACGACUACGACAACGACCGCUGUAGCAACGACAACGGCCAUACCUGGUUCUGGGCCGAAUGGCACAGGUCUAAACGUAAGCAUUCCACAACCUCUCGUCUGUGGUGCUCCCGCUCGAGCAGAGUACGGCAAUCUGGUGUCCCAGUACUGCUCCGGUAUUCAGAAUGUAACCGCCUUCGUAGUAUUAGGUGGCACAUGCGGGACAGCAUCGUAGGAGGGCUGGCUGGUGGUAGAAGUGGUAGGUUUGCUGCGCUGGCAGCAAAGCAGCCCGCACCAGCGCCAGGGCACUAACUGUCGGUAAACUGAUGGUUCUAAUAAAU